UCUAUUAUUAGUCCAUCAGUAACAAACACAUCUCGCCACAAAUAAAAAAGCACAGGCGGCCGUCUAACGUGACUGUAGCUCGGUUCAUAAAAAGAACCACAAACAGACAUAAAACAACAUUUUGUUUUCUUUUCCACCGUUACACAGAAAGUAAACCCAUUCGCAGACUGCAGCUGUUUCAAGGUUUCCAAUGUCUCAGUACAAAACCAGAGGGAAAUUGGAGAAAAAGGUGGCAGAUAAGUCCAUUCAUCUCCAGUCUUCUUCUGUGAAAAGCAGACAUGCAGGUGAAGAAAGAAGAGAAAAGGCAGCUGGAAGUCACAUCACAUCCUCAAGUCUAAAAAGAAAUGCUAGAGAAAAUAAGUCAAUCGUCCCUCAAACUCCUCCCACAUCAACCCAUUCCCUACCCACUUUCAGAAACCCUCCUCCUAUAGAGCCUCUCUAUGACCCGGAGCUCCGCCCCUUUGUGUUUCCCACACACUGCGAUGCUCUCUUCGCCUCACUGCGAGGACUCAAGGAGGAGGGGCUUCUGCUGGACUGCAGUUUAAAACUCCUUGGCAACUCCCACAAGGCUCACCGACUGGUGCUCGCUGCUGUCAGUCAAGCGGCAGGGGCGUGGCUGUCAUCUGGAGAGGCGGGGCUCAAGGAAUUGGAGCUGGAUGGAGAUCGGGUGACUCCUGCAGGACUGAAGGCUGUACUGGACUUCAGCUACAGUGGAGAAGUGGACAGAGGAGAAACGGACGAGGUGCUGGAAGCCUGUAGGUGUUUAGGGGCAGAAAGCCUCGAGCGGCUGUGUGUCAGAGAUGCUGUGGUCAGCGGGAGUGAAGAGAGGGAAAGAAGCCUGAGGGUCAUCCGAACACUGUGGGAGAGAAACGUUGGCUGUGAUGUCAUCAUACAGACAGACUGUGGAGACCGUUUCCCUGCCCAUCGCGUCAUAUUAGCAGCAGGUGCGGACUACUUUCGGGCUCUGCUCUGCGGAAGGUUACGGGAGUCCGGCGAGGGCGUGGUGUUGCUGCGCGGUGUGCAGUCAUGGGUGCUGCGCGAUCUGCUGGACUUCAUUUACUCUGGCCGACUGAACCUGAGCUGCAGGAACGUGUGGGAUCUGACAGAAGCUGCUUCACAGUUUCAGCUGCAGGGGGCGCUGGCGCUGUGCCUAAACUUCCUGCAGGAUAAUAUGGAUGAAACUUCUUGCCUGGAUAUUCUGGCCUUGGCUGAAGCCUACAGUCUGGAGGAUCUGGGCAGACGGACAGAGGACUAUGUUUUAGCCCACUUUCAGAGGGUCGCGGACGGAGAGAAGUUCAAGGACCUGCCCUGCGUCCAGCUGCAGCGCCUGCUGGAGAGAGAUGCGCUCAAUGCAGACAGUGAGCUGGCCGUGUUCAGAGCUGUGGUGAACUGGGUGGAGGAUGAUAAAGACCGGAGACUGCCUCAUCUCUCACGACUGAUGCAGAGCGUUCGGUUCGCUCUCAUGAGACCAGAGGAGCUGCAGGAGGUGCAGGACUGUAAGCUGAUGCUCAGGAGUUCAGGAGGGAAAACAGUGCUGGAAACUGUGAAAAAUCUCCUGCAUGGUGAUCGGAGAACAUCGGACUGCAAACCACGAACACCGAACCAGGUUUUGGUGCUCGUUGGUGGAGAUUGUGUGAAUGAGAAUUUCGAGCGUCGAGAGCCGAACCUGUGCUUGUGGUUCGCCCGGCGCUUCAUGCGCGGAGAGGGACUCAUCCGAACCAUCGAGUGGAGACCUUUAGCGCACCUCCCCGAACCACCACGCUUCCGGCACUGUGUGUGUGUCCUCAACAACUCGCUCUAUAUCCUCGGAGGCCGGAAGUACUACGGUGCCCUGGACAUUCUGAAGACUGCGCUGAGAUUUGAUCCUGCUCAGGGCACAUGGGAACGUCUUCCUGACAUGUCCAGACCCAGGGAUUACUUCGCCGCUGUGUGUCACAGAGGGAAGGUGUUUGUCUUGGGCGGAAACUGUGAUGAUGUGAACUGUCUGGACUCAGUGGAGUGUUACACGCCUGAGGACAACACCUGGAGGUCUUGGAGUCUCUACCUGAAUCAGGUGUGUUUGAUUAAGGAGACACACAAAAUGUGCAGUGUUGGUGGGGGCUCCAGGAACAGGGUUGAAAACGCCUGGUUGUGUCAUCCUCUGGACGCUGCUCUCUGCGGUCACGCCGCGGCCGUGUUGAACGGAGAGAUGUUUGUGUCGGGCGGUUGUGACUCUCAUCUGCGCUGCUGUCCGUGUCUGUGGAUCUACGACCCGGUGCACGGCUGCUCAAAACGCGCACCUAUGACAGCAGGAGCGGGACGGGCAGGUCAUGUAAUGCUGGUUUCGGGACACCGAUUGGUCGUGGCCGGGGGGUUGCAGCCAAUGUGGGCGGGGUUUGGAGACCAGCUGCAGUGCGAGUCGUAUGAUCCCGUUCAUGACUCCUGGACGUCUUUCCCCAUGCUGCCCCGACCGCACCUCUCACCCGCAGCGGCCGCUCUUGACGGUCAGCUGUAUGUUUUGGGAGGGUCUUCGGCCGAUUCUGCCCGUGACACACCGUGGGUGCACCGUUAUGACCCACAGGCAAAGUGCUGGGACAAACUGGGAGCAAUGCCGCGACCUUACGCGGAUCUCGCCGCAUGCGCUUUACAGCUGCCUGUCGGUCUGAAGAGCUGAAAGAGCGGUUGAAAUGUAAUUUUUGUGAAUAUUUAUUUGUUUAUUCAAAUACUAUGACUUCCUGGGACUGUUAUGUCACUUGCACAAAAUUCAGGGUGAACAAAAUAAUAUGCUAAAUAUUACUGACCAGCUGACAGGUGCAAACUACCAACAACUGCCUAUUACAUUAACUUCAUAUAACAAUAAAUAUCAUGAGGCAGGUAGAGCUGGACAAAAACAAAAUGACUAGAACUGUAGGAAAAUGACAUAUCACCACUGAUUGGCUGAUGCAAAUUCUUAAAAAGUAAAGGAAAAUUCUGCAGCAGAGGUGCAUUAAAUUCAACAGUUGUCAUAACAGAGUGUAUAUUUCAUUAUCUAUGAAUUCAAAAUUCCAUUCAUUCUCUAUAUUUAGAUUAGUUUCCUGCUCUUGUAAUUCAUAGCCUAUGUAAAUACAUUUACACAAUAUUCACCUUUUUUGUGCUAUAUUCUGUAGCUUCUGCUGUUCUUGCAGUGUAAAAAUGGUAUAAGUGAAUGUGGAUGUGAAUUUUAGUAUUAAAAAAAGGAACCUUUUUAUCUGGUUUGACCCCUUGUCUAGUCAGUCAUUGCAGCGCUGGGGGUCCUUAUAUGCAUGUUGAUCAGUGUAAAAAAAAAAAAAAAACGAGA